AUGUUUUUGAGUCACAAUUAAUUCUAAUAGUAAAUUGAUGAGAACCUUGUGAUUAAUGUACCUUUUAUAUUAAGUGCAUCUUCUACUUUUCUGGAACUUAACUGA